AUGUUCAAAGGACAACAGAGCAAACGAAAUGUAUUUCUUAAUUGUGUUGGCGAUGAGAAGUUCUCUUGGCAGUGUAUGGAGAGGUCAGACUGCCGGGAGCGAGCCAGUGUGAUCUGCAGCAAUCACAGGAGGUUCAGUCUACGAGAUGGCAGCGAUGCUUGCUCUGGGUUGGUGGAAGAGAAAACUGUGAAACAAAAAUCAUGGAAUCCUGUUCAGCCGGCAAAUGUGAAGCCUGAAGUCAUCUGUCCACAACUGAACUGUGGUUCCACUGGAAAAUUUACAAAUGGAACUAACAUCCUGACGUGCUCAGACCGCGUGAAACUCCAGAAUUUCACAACAGAGUGUUUUGGAGAUGUUUCCAUUGCUGUGAAUGGUAUUAUCUAUGAAGUGUGCUACAGUGAGCAGGAUUCGUUUCAGUCCCGUAAAAAGAUGGGGGCUAUGGUCUGUCGAGAGCUUGGCUGUGGUGAGAUGCUGCGUGUAAAAAAGGGCUCCUUUACUUCUAAUGGUUUUCUGAGUAAUGUUGAUUGUCAGGGUGAUGAACGGUCACUGUGGCAUUGUCUGGCAAUUCAUGAGAAAAAACAAUGCUGGGGAACCAAAGUUAUAUGUUCAGGCAGCUUGGAUGUGCGUUUGAGUGACGGUCUGGGUCGCUGUUCUGGACGUGUAGAGGUGAAAUGGGAAGGCUCAUGGAGGCCCAUUGGCUCUGAAAACAACACUAUGAAUUCAGACGUGGUGUGUCAACAUCUAAACUGUGGUGCAUCCUCAAAAAUAAACAGACAACUUUUCACUGAAGGAGAAAAGACACUGCAAUGGCUGUGGGAUGUCAGCUGUAGAAGCUCUUCAGCAAAGCUCCAUGAGUGUUUCGAGAAUACUGUCUUGAGGACACCUCGUCAAAACGAGAAAAACAAAGAAAUCAUUUGCCAAAAGGAAGAACUGAAGUUCUUUGAAGGUGAUUCUCCAUGCGAGGGAAAAGUGCGCAUCAAGCAAUUUUAUGAUAAGGCUGUCUGGCUGCCUGCAACACCAGAAAAAGCCAAUGACACAUGCAAAGCAAUGCAGUGUGGAACUCUGGUCUCCUUUGAGAAAAGCCAAACCACAGAUGCCAAAGUCAAAUGUUCAGGGACAAAGACUCUGGCACUUGAAAACUCGCUUGGAGAAAAAUGCUGGGGAAUGGUGAAGGUCUGCGGAGAUGACCAGUGUGGAGGGGUUUGCAGCAACAAUUGGAGAACAGAUGAAGACUCCAGAAUGAUCUGUGGGAACCUGGGCUGUGGAAAUCCAAUUCAAGCCAAGUUACCACUUCAGAUAAAUAAUCUACCUGCCACUUACAGUAGUGUGUACUGCUCAGAAAAUGUACAAAAUAUGAUCAUGUGCAAUUUUAUUCCCAACAAAAACCCCACCUGCAAAUCCCUAGCCAACGUGAUAUGCACAGCAUGGAAACGAUUGCUCCUCUAUAAUAAGGAAGGAGAAUGCAGUGGUCCAGUAUAUGGUCUGCGAGAUAGGAAAACACCCACUCCAGUCAGCAUAAGUGGAUGGGGCAACGAGGAAGGACAAAAGCUGUGCGAGUAUCUACAGUGUGGAAAACACAUACCACACAUCUCUAAUUACACAAACACAAACACAAAAGAGUGGUGGAACAAUACCUAUAAUUGCUCAGGGAAAGAGAAUAUUUGGGAAUGCGAGAGCAAUGAUCAGCCCGUCCAGAAUCAACAGCAGUUAAACAUCAAGUGUGACCAUAAACCUCCAAAAAUUAGGCUCUCAAACAACUGCACAGGCGAGGUGCUCAUAGAUGAAGAGCAUGUUUGUGCAUCCCGGUGGGAUGCUGGGAUGUCCAACAAGUUAUGUGACAGCCUCAAUUGUGGUAAGGCACUCUACAGCUGGACCACAGAGUCCAGAGAAAAAAAUACUUGGCAUUUCAGCUGCACAGGCAACGAGACAUUGAUGUGGCAGUGUGGCUCUAGAAAAGACAGCUGUGAGAACAUCCUCUCUGUGGCCUGCAAAGAUAGUGUUGAAUUCAACUCUACUGAGAAGUGUGGCGGGAAGCUUGUGAUCAAGUAUCAGGGGCGAUGGGAAUAUGUCUGUGGAAAACUGACUCCGAAUGAUAACAAGAAGUUUUUAAGAUAUUACAGAAGUAAAAAGGGCAAAGACGUCAACCCAGAUGUGAAUGAAAUGGAUAAGAUGGAUACAGAGGACAAAGCAUUUUUUGAUAAUGAUGACUACGAGGAUGUGGAUUCUCUCAUGGACAAGUCAGGAGAGGAGGAUGAAGAUGACAGAAAGAGGGAUUCUUCUGGGACAGAAUAUGAUGACAUUGAGGGACAAGCCAAUGGAACCUCUCCUUCUCAAACCCACCAUGAUGAAGACCUCGACAUCCCUCUCCUUCCCAAGAGACCCGAGAACAUUCUUGAUCAGGACACCUAUGAAGUGGAGACAGAGAAACAGAAGGACUGUGAUGAUGUCAUAUCUGUCGAGGCUACAGCCAAUGAAAAUGCAGGGAUGACAGGCACACAAGCUCAUGUAGAUGUAGACGUGGAUGAAGGUGCAGAUUCAGAUUUAGAUGCAGGUCUGUUUGCAAAUGCUGAUGCAGAUAUGUUGACCACAGAGGUAGAAGUUCACGCUCAAGCAGAGUAA